CUUUACAAUCCAAUUCCAGCUACCCCAAACGUACCCCGAAUGGAAAGGCAGCAUCGCCAUACGAUGACAGAAUCACCACCAAGUGAGAGUAAUCCAGUCGGCUCGUUUCCUGGCUCUGCAUCGGCGUAUGUCAGCAAUUCAACGACACAACUUGCAUACGAUCUCAUUAAUACGUCAGAGGGCAUUUCUACCUUGGUCGACUAUCUUAGCGGACUGCCCAAUGACGCGACCCCAUCGCAUUAUGUUGAUCUCGAAGGCGACAACCUCAGUAGGCAUGGCAUCAUAUCCAUCCUCCAGCUAUACGUGGCUCCGAAACAACACACAUAUCUCCUCGAUAUCCAUGCACUCGGUCAAAGAGCUUUCUCGACCCAGGGCGAGAGAACAGGCAAAACUAUCAAGGAUUUUUUGGAGAACCCCGACAUAAAGAAGGUCUUCUUCGAUGUUAGAAACGACUCGGAUGCUCUGUUCCACCACUUCAGAAUCAGUCUAGACGGGAUUCAAGAUCUUCAACUCAUGGAAUUCGCCUCACGCUACAACAAGGCAGGAUUUCUCAGCGGGUUGGCAAAAUGUAUAGAGAGGAAUGCACCGUUGACGCCCGAGGAAAUAUUUUCUUGGAGAGCUGUCAAAGUGAUAGGACACAACCUAUUUAACCCACAGUCGGGCGGAAGUUAUACUGUCUUCAACCAGCGACCCUUGUCUCCAGAAAUCCUUCGAUACUGCAUUCAGGAUGUCCAAUACCUUCCGCGUCUCUGGCAUGUGUACGAUCAAAGGCUAGGAGAGAGCUGGAAGCACGCCGUCGUGGAAGAAACGAAGAAUAGGGUCCUGCAAUCUCAGGGAUCUGAUUAUAAUGGUCAGGGCAGGCAUAUGACAGAGCCACCUGCUGAUUGGGUUGUGAGAAAACCAGAAAUUGCCUCCACUAUUCACCCUGAGCCAUCUACAAUUACUCGAUACAGGUAGCAUCAAUUUGAGGGAAAUAGAUGGCGGGAAUCACAGGCGGUAAGAGAGCUUUUGAUCGGCAGUUAUCGAAGUACUCUCUUCAUGUUUUGAUAUUCCAUACAUUUAGAGUCAUAUUUGAAGCAUUGCGGAUAUAGGGUUCGAGCCAGAGGUGUCUAUCUUGGAUGUACUUAGGUAUUUUAUCAUCAACCGGUUGUGACAUGAUGUAGAGCUAACGAGUCUUGAUGCUCGAAAUGAAGAACUUCUCUUCUAUUCAGCCACACCAAAUCUACUGAGAGCCC